UAAGACUACAAAAUAUACUCUGCAAUCAUUUCUAGGGCGUAGAUAUUUUUUUUUUUUGCAAUAAACCGAGUGAGAAGCCCACGAAGGCACAUUCUUAAUUAUUGUUUUUGCAUGUGUGUUCUGCAGUUUAACUUCAAUUUUAAGUUUAACUUCAAAUUUCAAGUUUCGACCCAUCUCCUUGAAGAAAUUAGUUUUAUGUCCAAAGCUCAAGGCAACAAAACGUACCUGCAAUUAAAUACAAAAUUAUAGCGACCAUUAUGUAAACAUUGAUGUUAGAAUCUCCAAAGACAUGGAUCGCGACAUUUUUUUCAAUUACUGUUUUUAACGCCUUUAUUCAUUUCCAGCCAAUCUUCCCUAUAUUGUAAUGGAAAUGUAUUCCCAACCUUAAGUUGCUUCUUUCAAGUUUCUGAUAUCAUUAAAGCAACUAACAAGAAGUGAGAAGAUCAUUUUUAUCCUCUUGACAUUUCAGAGCUGAUGGACGGCGAGCUUAGUUCAAGGAGCCUGUUUGUGACAGUCUUAGAAGCGAGCUUCAUAAUUUUGCUAAAUAUUGUUUCUCUACUGGGCAACACGCUAGUCUGUAUCUCUGUCUACAGAAACACCAGGCUCCGUACGACGACAAAUGUUUACAUUGUCGCAUUGGCAAUCAGUGAUUUGCUGUCCGCCAUCUUUGUGAUGCCCCUGGCCGCCGGAGUACUCAUCUCAGGCAGAUGGCCAUUUGGCCAAACCCUUUGCCAAAUGCACGCUUUCUUCAGCCUGUUUGUUGUGUACAUUUCGCCUGUAACCAUGGGUUUUACAGCUGCAAACAGGUAUGUGAGAAUGUGCAAGUCAGAGCAACAGUAUAAAAGGUUCUUCUCGAAAUGGAAAUCACUCAUAGCGCUUGCUUCUGCGUGGGCUUUUGUAACCGGUUACAUUUGGAUUACGCGUCUCGCAGGCUUACAGGGUUUUUACUUCAACCCUGGAUAUGCAGCAUGUUUAAACGAGCAUUUAAACAACUCUGCGAGGAUUAUCCAUUACUUUGUCGUGAUUGGACUCUUCGUUGUCCUUCCACUUGCUAUAACGAUAUUCAGCUACAGGAAAGUGUUGAAAAAGAUUCAGGAACACAACGCGGCAUCGGUGCGUGCUCUUCAACGCCAAGACGGAGAAACGUCAUUCUCCAGGCACGAGAUUCGUUUAAGCAGAUCUUUGUUUGCUGUGGUUUUUGCCUUCAUGUUGUGCUGGAUACCCUCGUGGAUCAUCACCAUCCUAACGCGCUUCAGCGUCAUUGGAACGAUGCCACGAAAUGUUCAACUGCUAUGCACUUUCUUCGUGAAUUUGUCCAAUACCAUUAAUCCUUUCAUCUACGCAGGAAUGAAUCCCUUGUUCAGAAAAGAAUUUCGGAGAAUCAUCUGUUGCAAUUCCGGGAAGAAAAUCGAGGACACUCAACAAGCAUCCACUGCGGAUACAACACAAAGAUCAAAUACGCUCUCGCCAAGAUCAGAAAAUGUAACUAUCAGUCAGCAGGAGAUGCAGAUGAGGAAUCACGGCGGACGGACGUGGUCUCCCGCUCCCUGAUUCCGUAGUUGAGAAGAGCCACGACUGGCCAUUUAGUCUAGCUCAAAUGCAAUUAGUGAUGACCUUUUAGCAUCCAUAAAAUAUUUGACGUUUGCUACUUGUACUCAUUGUAAUGCACUUGGAACGAGUUCAAGCUCCUCCGACAAGCCAACGCCGAAACAAAACAAGCAGAAGAGCGAGAAAAUGGAAGGAAACCAAGAAACCGACUCGCUUAUCUCCAUGGAAAUACUCCUUGAUAAAUUAAUCGCCAUAGAAUCACGUAUGGAAGACAAUUUCUCCAAUCUACACACACACAGAUUGCUGAACUUACGUGCGAAUUCAAACAUGAAAUAAGUAACGUCAAAUCAACAUGGAAUGAAUUAGACAACUGAAUCUGUGAAGUACGAGUGGGCAAGCAUCGGAGACUUACAGUAAGAGUACAAAGGUUAGCCCUCAACGAUUCGCUCUCUCCAAAAAUGAUGGACGAGCAAGCUGCGGAAAUUCUAAGGGUCAAUCUGAAAAAGCUCCAAGCCGAGAACGAAAAGCUUACAACGGCCCUGAAAGAAUUAAGACCAGGAGAAUCUUGUCGCCCUUGAGAACUAUACGAGAAGAUAAAAUUUGCCUUAUAUGAAUAUCCCCGAAAUUCAUGGUGAAAACUGCCAGGAUAUCAUUUAUGAUGUUCUAGAAAAUGACCUCGAUCAUCGCAAGAUUUGUUGUGAGAAAAGACAGUUACGCUGUAUUUUCGGUCAAAAACCGGCUCAAGUCCUUAGUCAGUUGCGGUGAAGCGUAAAUCACCCAAGACUUAACUCGACCAAUUCCGGAAAAAAAGGAAAACCAUUAUGCAAUCCCUGUUCGCUGGUAAACAUGCUGCUCACGACGCAAAGCUAAGAUACUCAACAGAAGUCUCUUUCAGUCGAUAACAAUCUAUUUAACAUCUCGAAUAUUCCAGUUGUGUUUCAAGUAGCUCCCACCUAAUUUGCAGACUUUAAUAUUUAUGACAUCCAACAACGACAAUGGUCAAUAGCUCUUCAUUGUAUCUCAUCAAGCUAAGUACCUAAAUCUCCUUUUUGUUUAUGUUCUCGUGUAAGCACCAUGCGGUUGUAGUCUUUAGGUUUAUUAUGCUAAACUUCCUUUACUUUACAUGUAACACUAACCCACUUCGCUUGAAGCGACCGUCUUAUUUUUUCAGUCGCUCGCAUUCUUCCAUCAGCCCAUCAGCGACAAGGUCAAACUGUUUUUCUGUCCCAAUUUGUCGUGAGUUGACAGAAUUCCGUCGGAAGAAACCUGUGUUUAUACAAUGCUUUUGACCUAAAAUGCCUGUCACUAAAUGUUACGUACCGACUUUCAUAAAUCGAUCAAACGCCGAACCGUUUUUAGAUGGUCACACAGAUAAGAUCAUCAUGUCAUAUUUUUCCAAGAAUCACACUGCUUACUCCAAAGUUAAAAUCUUGCAGCAAUCUGGAAAACGAAUGGGGGUGGCAAAGCUUUCAUUAGCCACGGUGCAAACCAUAGUAAAGGUGUUAUUACACUAAUUAAUCCCUCUGUGAAUUUCAAAGUUGAAAAACUCAUCCCAGACAAACAAGGAAGGUUCAUUAUUUCAAAAUUGUCACUCGAAGAAAAGGUGAAAUAAUUCCUAACAAGUUCUUGGUUUACUCUAAUUGUCUAAUUCUAUGUGAUAUUGAUGUAUAUAUUUAAUCAAUAUUUUGUUUCAUAUUUAGUAUUUACAUGUAGCUUUAGCCAUGAUGCAAUGAAUUUUAAUAAACAACAACAACAAAACCAAACUAAGGAAAUGUCAAAU